GGCUUACGACUGCAUUCUUUGUGCGUUGACUUGUCAGGACGGGCAGACGCACAACGUCAGCAGUCCACAAGCAGUCAGUGGGAUGAGCGGGGGGCACCACAGCAGUUUACAUUUCAAUCUAUGAGGGCCGCACAUACAAGUUAGUGCAGGGAGAGAGAGCCAGAGAGAGAGAGAGAGAGACACACACACACACACACACAAGAACACACACUUGUUCAUACACACACAUACAAAGACACAGAGGGGUGUGUCAAUGCAUGUUUAGUUCCUCAAGGAAGUACAAGUCCACACUAUCAGACGACUUAGACAGGACACGUACCACCACAUCCAGGGGGAGGAGGACACUGCAAACAAGUUCAGACAUGGACCACUUCAGCUCCAAGGACAUGGCCUUAAAGGUCCAGAAGAAGAUCCUCAGCAGCGUGGCCAACAAAACCUCCGUCCAAAUGUUCAUCGACGACACCGCCAGUGACAUCCUGGACGAACUGUACCGCUACUCCAAGGAGUACUCGGGUAACAAGUCUGAGGCCCAGAAGGUGAUCAAGGACCUGAUCAAGAUCGCCGUGAAGAUUGGCCUUCUGUUCCGAAACAACCGCUUCAGCACAGAGGAGCUCAGCAUGGCACAGGACUUUAAGAAGAAGUUGCACCAAGGAGCAAUGACGGCCAUCAGUUUCUAUGAGGUGGACUUCACCUUCGACAAGACGGUGAUGGCUGAGCUGCUGACCAGCUGCAGGGACCUGCUGCUCAAACUGGUCAACACCCACCUGACCCCCAAAUCUCACGGCCGCAUCAACCAUGUGUUCAACCAUUACGCCGACCCCGAGCUCCUCACGAAGCUGUACGAACCCGAUGGGCACUUCAGGCCCAACCUGUCUCGAAUCUGCAAAGGACUCAACAAACUUGUGGAGGACGGGACGAUAUGACCCUAAAUUGGACCAGACUGAGAUGCACAUCUCUGUUGUUGCUACCAAGGAAAUUGAGGCGCCUGCCAGACAUUCCACUUGGGAACAAGGCAUCCAGCUCAAAGGUUCUCCAAGAACAUCAAGCUGCUGGAGAGGCUGAUUGAGAUUUUGUUUGUUAGUUUUGGGGUGUUCAUGUGAGAGGUCAAAGAGGUAACUAGUUCACACUUUAUCCACUAUUUUAAUUUCUAGACUUACUGCAUGAUUGGCCCACUAACUUGGCUUGAAGAGGGAGAAUACUCAGAUACAAUGCUGCCCUCUGGUGGUCGGAAGGAUGCUUCAAAAAGGGAAAAAUACACUGAACAAUCCAGCAUCCAAGAAAUAGCCAAUAAUAAUUGUACAGUAAUAAUAAAUAACUGUGACAGCAAUAGUUUGUGGGUGUGGUCUCUCUGUCCAACAUGCACCAAAAGGAUAACAAGUGAUGUAUGUGAAGACACUUUACAUUGGGAUUUUAUUUUAUUUUACA